AUGGCGAAUGAAUCUGAAAAUAAUUUGGAGAGUACUGCAGGCAGCGAGGAAGGACCAAACAAUGCCAGCUGGGAGCUGUACUUGGAAAGGAAAAACUCUCUUCUGGGGUUCCUGCACUCCCAACUGGACCCCCAGCUCCUCCAGUACCACCAGAGCAAGGUGGAGCAUCUGAAGAGGUGUUACUUUUACUUGGAGAUUGAGCCCAAGCAGACGCACUUCAGAGACAACAACAAUGCGAUACAGCUGGUGGAGGUCCUGAGACUAAUAGACCCCUGGGAGCUCCAGAAGAUGAAGCAGCUGGGAAAAACCCAGACUGAAAUCCAGCUGUCCCUUCUGACGGAGCUGCUGGAACAGUUGGAACGAGGUCGGGAGGAGCUGAGCUGCUACGCAGAGACCUGUGAGGCGCCAGCCUUCCUCGCCGGGUGGCACUGGGUCACGCAGAGAGUGUCCGAGCUCCUCAAGUACAUGGAAACUCUCGUUUCCGUGGAAGUACCAGGAAAGCUCUAUGUCAAACAGCAGCUGGUGUCACACAGCUUCCAGGGAGGUCUGCGACUCCCCAGCAUCAGCCUUUCUCUCUCUGUGAAGACGCCACCGAUUUUUGAUCCUGAGAAAUCAUCCGCGCAGCAGAACUCAGCCAGGCUCCAGUGGUUCACUGAAAAUCAAGAGUCAGACCUCGACCAAUACGAGCUGGAAUGUGAGUUACUGAUACGCGACAGUCGGAGAGAGAUGGGAUAUGGCAGGAUUCAGACUGUCACCUCCAACACGUGCGUGGUCCACGGCCUGGAGCCUGGCAGAUCGUACAAGUUCAAAAUCAGAAGAUCCGACACCGGCUUCCUUGUCUACGCGAAAUGGUUCGACAGCAUCGUACUGACGACAAAACCGAUGGCCGUUCAAGUUGUGGACAGGAGCGCUCGUCCACAAGGCUGA